AUGGGAAACAGCACACUGGUGACAGAAUUCACACUCACUGCAUUGACUGUUGACCCACAGGUGCAGCUGAUCCUCUUUGGGACAUUUUUUGCUGUUUAUGCCAUCACCCUGGUGGGCAAUGUAAGCAUGAUUAUCUUAAUCAGGAUCAGUCCUCAACUCCAUACACCAAUGUACUUUUUCCUCACCAACUUAUCUUUUCUGGAUAUUUGUUACUCAUCAUCUGUCACCCCAAAUUUCCUAUCCAAUCUUUUAAAGGAGAAGAAGAUUAUUUCCUACGGGGGUUGUUUUACUCAGCUUUACUUUUAUGCUCUCUUUGCCACCACAGAAUCCUACCUCCUAGCUGUGAUGGCGUAUGAUCGCUAUGUGGCAAUCUGCAAUCCUCUAGUNUACUCGAUCACCAUGUCCCCAAGAAAGUGUGUUCAGCUGAUAGCAAUUUCCUACAUUGCUGGGAUCAUUAAUGCUUCGGUGCACACAAUAGCUGCAACUAGACUGUCCUUCUGUGGCCCAAACUUCAUUAAGAAUUUUUAUUGUGAGGGUCCUCCCCUUUUUGCUCUUUCCUGCUCAGAUGUCAGUCUUAAUUAUCUGCUGAUAUUUGUAUUUGUUGGGUUCAAUAUAACAACAACAAGCCUGACUCUACUCACCUCCUACACUUAUAUCCUGGUCACCAUUUUCAAGAUCCACUGUGCCAAGAGCCGUAGGAAAGCCUUCUCCACUUGCACCUCUCACCUCAUGGUCAUCUCCAUCUUCUAUGGAUGUCUGAGCUUUAUGUAUGCACAGCCAAGCUCUAGGCAGAAUUAUCAGCUAGACCAAAUGGCUUCUGUGUUCUAUGUAGUGGUGACCCCCAUGCUCAAUCCAUUAAUCUACAGCAUGAGGAACCAGGAG